AUGAAGCUAUACGCUGUUUCGGACGGGCCACCAUCUUUGUCUGUGCGACAGGCGCUCACGAAGUUAGAGUUGCCUUUUCAGUUGGUGGACGUCAACUAUGGUAAAGGAGAGCAUAUGACGGCUAAAUAUGCAAUAAUGAACCCACAAAAAGAAAUCCCCGUGCUGGAUGACAACGGAUUUUAUUUGAGUGAGAGCAAUGCCAUCCUGCAAUACAUUUGUGACAAAUACGCGCCUGAUAACGAUAUUUAUCCACAGGAGCCUAAAGCUAGAGCCAUUGUUAACCACAGGUUGUGCUUUAAUCUGUCUACGUAUUACGCAAACAUCUCCGCCUAUACUAUGGCCCCGAUAUUCUUCGAUUAUAAGCGCACAGAGCUCGGGUUGAAAAAAGUGCACAUGGCGUUGGAAGUAUUUAAUACAUAUCUGGAGCGUCUUGGUACCGACUACGCUGCGGCCGAUCACCUCACCAUCGCAGACUUUCCCCUUGUCAACUCCACAAUGACCCUAGAAGCUAUAGAUUUUGAUUUCACGAAGUAUAUAAUGGUACACAAGUGGUAUAACCAUUUUAAGCAACAGCAUCCUGAGCUUUGGAAAAUUUCAGACGUCGCUAUGAAGGAAAUUCAACACUUCGCAGCGAAUCCACCAGAUUUAACUGACCUUAAUCAUCCUAUACAUCCGAUUCGUAAAAUAAAUAAGUAA